AUGCCGUACAAGCCGCAUAUCACCUACGAUGACAAUAUCAAGGUCUGGAGUGGAGGCGAAAGCUUGAACUGCUUUGAACCGCACCUAUCGAUUGGGGAGAUCAUCUUUCGGGAGCUGGAAAGCCAUCCGAAGCUGAUUGCCCAAAUCUCAGCCACUGAGAAGACUGUGCUGACCCGGGAAGAGGUACGUUUCAAUGCAAUGCGAGUGGCUAGCUAUAUGCGGGGACUGGGCCUAAAGCAAACGGAUAUUGUGGGCCUCAUAGCCAGGAAUACCACGCACCUGGUGGCCGUAGCCUACGGCUGUUUCUUCAAUGGUGUGCCAUUCCACUCCCUAAACAUUGCUUAUGAACAGGACACCAUAGAGAAACUGUUCAGCAUCAGCAGACCGCGUCUAAUCUUCUGCGAUGGGGAUGAGUACCAGAGAGUUCUGGCAGCUACCGAAAACCUCAAGCUGGACACCACAAUCAUUACCUUGCGAAAUCAUCCCAUAGGAUCCCUUUGCAUUUUGGAUAUCCUGACCACACCAAUAGAGGAAAACUUUCAGCCCGCUCGCUUGGAACCUUGCCACGAUCAGACUUUGGCCAUUCUCUGCUCCUCCGGCACCACUGGGGUACCAAAAGCAGUAACGAUUAAAGACAGUCAACGGCUUUUAUUGCCUGUUUUUCGUAUGACCUCUAAUGAUGUGCAAUAUGCACACAGCACCCUAGACUGGAUUUCAGGUCUUUUAACCAUCAUCCUCGCUGGAGUGUUCAACAAAACAAAUGUUAUUGCUGACAAUGAUUUUGAUCCCGCCUUCACGUGUCGUAUGAUCCUAGAAUAUAAUAUCGGUUUAGUCUUUCAGUGUCCUUCCCACAUGGCAAUGUUGGCUAACUGUCCGGAAUUCGAAAAGGCUGACCUGUCGAGCAUAGAGAAUUAUAUUUUUGGUGGCUCCCCAAGCUCUUUGGAAGUUCAGAAGCGUAUUCGUAGCCGAAUCAACGGAAAUAUGAUCUUUACCUAUUCCAUAACAGAGAUGAACAGCGCAAGCACGCUGAACCUUCACUUUGAUGAAAAACCCAACUCAGUCGGUCGACCUAUAUCUGGGAAUAAGGUCAAGAUAAUCAAUGAACAGGGUGUGGCUCUGGGCCCCAAUGAAGAGGGUGAAGUGUGCCUCUUCAAUGGCCAGCAUUGGUCUGGCUAUUAUGGAAAUCCAGAAGAGACGCGAAUGAUUCGCGACUCCCAGAUGUGGUUUCACUCCGGAGAUUUGGGCUACGUUGAUGAAGAUGGCUUCUUAUUUAUAGUUGAUCGCAAAAAGGACAUGCUCAAGUACCAAAACAUUAUGUACUAUCCCAACGAGAUAGAGACAGUCAUCUCCCAGAUGCCGAACGUUGCCGAGGUCUGUGUAUUUGGCAUUUGGGAUGAGGUCAAUGGCGACGAGGCCGCAGCCUCAGUGGUGAAGAGGUACGGCACCGAAUUGGUGGCCCAGGAUAUUUUGGACUAUGUAAAGAAACAUAUUUCCACCAAGUAUAAGCAGUUGAAUGCUGGAGUCAUCAUUGUAGAUGAUCUGAAGCGAAGUGGGAAUGGCAAAACGAAUCGACGAGCCAACAAGGAUCAUUUUCUGAAUGUCCAAAAUAGGAAAAGUUUGAACCUAAUAAGUGGCUAA